AUGUCCUCUCAAACAUAUAUAAAUCCAUCGUCGCCGGCGAGUGUAUCUUCUCGUCUCCGCCUCCUCCGCCGCAUGCCACCGCCGUCUGUAAUAUUGCACAGUUAAUUAAGAAAAAAAUGGCGAUCACGAAGCAGAACUCCGGCGAGCUGAAAACCCGAGUCAACAGCUGUCUGAACAAGCUCUCCGACAGGGACACGCUUUCCAUGGCGGCGAACGAGCUCGAAGCCAUCGCUAAGACGCUGCCGUCCGAUGGCUUCGCGCCUUUUCUGAACUGCCUCUCCGCCACAGACUCGUCGGAGAAGUCUCCGGUGCGGCGGCACAGCGUCCGUCUAAUCGGCGUUCUCUCCGCCGCCCACGGCGACUCGCUGUCGCCCCACCUAUCUCGGAUGAUCUCCGCCGUCGUUCGCCGCCUGCGCGACCCCGACUCCGCCGUCCGAUCCGCCUGCGCCGACGCGGCGGCGUCGAUCGCCGCGCACGUUAGCUCGCUGCCGUUCGCCGCCAUCUUGAGGCCGCUGGUGGAGGCGCUCUUCCGCGAACAGGAUUCGAAUGCCCAGAUCGGCGCCGCCCUCUGCCUCUCCGCAGCCGUCUCGGCGGCGCCGGCGCCCGACGCCGCCGAAUUGCGGAAGCUCUUGCCCAGGCUUUUGAAAUUGCUAAAAAUCGAUUCUUUCAAAGCCAAGCCCAAUUUAUUACACUUCAUCGGCACAAUUGUCGGCACCUCCGGCGGCGCUAAAAGUAAGAAUUUGUUGAAUUCUGUAAUAUCGACGUCGAUUCAGUUUCUGAGCAGCGAAGAUUGGGCGGCGCGGAAAGCCGCCGCCGCCGUUCUCGAAAUAGCCGCCGCGUCGGAGCGGAAUUUGGCGGCGGAGUUUAAGGCCGCCACCGUGUCUGUUUUAGACAGCAAGAGAUUCGAUAAGGUGAAGGUCGUGAGGGAGACGAUGAAUCGGGCAUUGGAGGCAUGGAAAGGUCUGCCUCAGCCAGGUCUAUCUUCUGGACACGUGUCAUCAUCUGAAGGACAUGAAUCCCCGAAAACUCCGGCGACGCCGCAAAAAACGGUUACGACCAAGCCAAGUCCCCUGUCUUCCCUCAGCACACCCAAAAACAUUACAACAAAUGUAGGGAUCAAAAACUCUGUUCCCAAGCUAAACUUCCGGUCCCGAAUAGUCCCCCUCGACUGUAAUGACUCGGGCGACAACGCUGUAAUAGAAAAUUCCGAGAACCAGGACCUCGAGUACCUGUCCCUUAUCCGUAAACAGCUCCAGCAGAUCGAAAACCAGCAGUCGAACCUAUUAGACCUCCUCCAGAGAUUCAUCGGGACCUCGCAAAAGGGGAUGACCUCGUUGGAGCGGCGCGUGGACGGGCUGGAGAGGGUCCUCGACGAAAUGUCGAGGUUUCCGGGACUCGAUUGUGGUAAUAAUAACAACAACAACAACAACAACAAUUCAUGUUGUAUGAUACCAGGGGCAGAAUUUCUAAGUCCCAAGUUUUGGAGGAGAGGAGAAGGGCAGACAUGUAAUUCGAGGAUGUCUUCUUCCUUAACAAACCUGUCUGUGCACAGAGACGCCAUUGGAGAAGCUGCUAAGCUUGCCAGUCCAAGAAACUGAUCAUAUGAUCAAUUCUUACAGAGUUAGUUAUUCUUUUAGUAAGUUAAGGUAGUAGUAAUAUAUAUUUAUUGAGUUAUUAUUAUAUUUGAAGAGAAUUACGUACAAAUAAAAUUAAUGUGUAUUUUGGUCAAAUAUAUAUACAAAAUCGGCCCAUAAUAACAGAAUUUGAUUAAAAGGCCCAAAUCGAGAUGUUUGUAUUAUAGUGCGAGGACAAAAAAAAAAAAAAAAAAAAAAAAAAAAAAAAAAAUCUAAAA